AUGCCGCGAUACUCCCCCUUCGCCCCUAUCCCCAUUCCCACCUCGAAUCUGCUCACCUUCCUCUCCCCGCCAGAAUCUCCUCUCCACACCUCCACGAAGCCCAUAUGGAUCAACUCUGAAGACCCAUCUAUCAGCCUAUCCACCGGUGCCGCGUUGCCAUGGACAAAGCGGUUGGCGAUGGGAUUGGAGCGGUUCCAAGUUGCCAGUGGUGGCAGCAGGGUGAAAAGGGGGGAGGUUGUAUUGGUGCUCUCGCCAAAUCAGAUAUUCGUCGCUGUGGCUUAUCUGGGGAUUGUUGGGUCGGGAAGGGUGUUUAGCGGGAUGAAUCCGAAUUAUAGUGUGCAAGAAAUGGUAUACCAGAUGAAGAACACGGAAGCCAAAAUCAUCCUGGUCCACCCAUCGUUGGUUGACAAUGCACUUGCUGCUGCAAAGCAGGCCGACAUCUCGCCGGACCGCUUAUUCCAGUUUUCGGAUACUGUGAACUCGAACAAAAAUGAUGUGAGAGACUGGAAUAAUGGUCUCCUGGCAACUACACAAGAGUCGCACUCGUACCAAUGGCCUGAAUUAACCGGUGGCGAGGGCGCAAAAACUAUCGCGACCAUCAACUACUCAUCAGGCACCACCGGAUUACCGAAGGGAGCAUGUGUGAGUCAUCGAAACGUGAUAGCCAACGUCCUGCAGUCGACGGCCAUUCGUGGUGUCUUGCAGAAAUACUUUGCAGAGAGGGGACCUCCACAGCGAUGGAUUGGCCUCCUACCGCUGUAUCACGUUACAACAAGGGUCGGGAAUGACCGAGGUAACUUCGGCCGCCAUGCAUGUUCCUGGGGCAUCACAGACGAUACGGGGAGUGUCGGCGUCCUCGAUCCCAACUGUGAGUGCAAGCCCCUCGACGACGAUGGAAACGAGGUUGCAGAUGGCGAGCCUGCUACGCGCGAAACAAUGCUUCCGAACGGCUGGUUGCGAACUGGAGACAUUGCCAUUGCGCGAGGAGACUGGUUCUGGAUCGUCGAUCGCAAAAAGGAACUUAUUAAGGUCAACGCUUUGCAAGUCGCGCCGGCUGAGCCAGAGGCAGCAUUGUUAGAGCAUGAUGGCAUCGAUGAUGCGGCUGUCGUUGUGACGACGAAGAAUUUCCCCGGGCAUACGUCGUCCCCAAGGAGAAUGCAAAGCAAACGAAUUCAUCGACUACGCCGGCCCAAAUCCAAGAAUGGCUUAAGCCCCGUGUUUCCAAACAUACAUGGCUAACCGGCGGAGUGGUGUUCGUCGACGAAGUCCCCAAGUCUCCGAGCGGGAAGAUAUUACGCAAAGUGAUGCGAGAAUGGGCAAAUAGAGAUGCAGCAAAGCUUCGAGAUAAUAGAGCUAAGUUGUAGAUAAUGAUGACGUGAUAGAGAGGAGCAGCCAGUUUUGUAGUUCCUUCUUAUGCCUAUAGAGAGUUGUUGGGUAGUACUGUUGUAAGGGGAUGGUCAGGGUCUUGAGAUCUAGGUUUUCCGUAGCUGCGCUAA